GGCGGCACGGGUGCUGUUUCUCCAGUCUCUUUCCCCUGUCUUUGUCUCACACACUCUUUUGUUAGCCAUGCCUAGCCUGCUGGUUCUAGCAGGGAUCAUGGAGAAAAAUGGGGGCUACGGCAGGGAUCUGGCCGGCUCCGGCUUCGGAAGCGAGGGUCUCCUUGUGCCGCCCGACGAGGAGGAAGACGACUCCCGUGCCCUCAGGGUCGCGCUGGGCCAGCUGUCUCUGCUGGGGCUCGGGGAAGGCGAGGACGGCGGCGGAGCCCCAACAACAGGAGUACAGGACCGGAGCAACAAUAACAACAACCACCACAACCACACGAACAGCGUCGGCGGCGGGGACACGGCGAUUCUGCAAGGCAAGAGCAAGUUGUGCGCCCUGUACGAGAGCUCCUCAAGUGAGACGAAAGGACGAGGCUGCAACAUAACAGAAUGCGUCCCAGUGCCCAGCUCUGAACAUGUGGCCGAGAUAGUGGGGAGACAAGGUUGCAAGAUCAAAGCCUUGCGGGCCAAGACCAACACCUACAUCAAAACCCCCGUCAGAGGAGAGGAACCUGUGUUCUUAAUCACUGGCCGCAAGGAGGACGUUGCUCUGGCCCGUCGUGAAAUCAUCUCUGCUGCAGAGCACUUCUCCAUGCUGCGGGCGUCCCGCAACAAGCUGGGAGUGUCUUUUAGCGGCUCCCCGCCCACACCUUUGCCAGGUCAGACCACCAUUCAGGUGAGAGUGCCAUACCGUGUUGUCGGGCUGGUGGUGGGGCCUAAAGGCUCCACCAUAAAACGCAUCCAGCAGCAGACCUGCACUUACAUUGUCACUCCGAGUCGAGACCGCGACCCGGUCUUUGAGAUCACAGGCUCCCCGAGUAACGCCGAGCGGGCCCGCGAGGAGAUCGAAGCACAUAUCGCCUUUCGAACGGGAGGCCUGCACGACCACAACAACGAGAAUGACUGUCUGGGCCCGAAUGGUGGGAGCAGCCCGGCGGGCAGCAGCGGUGGUCUGGAGAGCCGGCUACAGCAGGUGUGGGGGCUGCAGGGGGGCCAGCGCAAGCCACUCACCAGCAGCUACCGCCAAAACUUCUCAGAUGCCAUGGUUGGAGGAGGGGGAGGAGGUAGCGAGGGAGGGGGGAUCUACAACAAAGGCAACUUCUCCAGCUCUGGAGAGAAGCCCUGCUCUUAUUUUGGAUCUGACGGUACCCAGAGCUGGGGUGACCCCGACUACCCCAAACAGGUGGCCUUCUACGCCCAGCAGCGCUCCAAAAGCUUCGGAGGCCUCCCGCUGCCCCUAACCAGACUCUCCCCUGGCUUACCCGAGUCCUGUGGAGGCGGAACCACCAACAACUCUUCAGUCACCAGCAUUGUGCCCAUAUCCGGCUCACCUCACGCCCAGGCCCGCCGCGCCCACAGCGAGCCCACCUCAGCCGGCGAAGGCUUUCCAGGCCGUCUGCCAGUGCCGGACUCGCCGCCGGCCACUGUGCGGGACUGCAUGACCUGCUUUGAGAGCAAAGUGACGGCUGCCUUGGUGCCCUGUGGCCACAACCUCUUCUGCAUGGAGUGUGCCAUCCGAAUCUGUGAGCUCAACCACCCGGAGUGCCCAGUGUGCCACACCCAGGUCACACAGGCCAUCCGGAUAUUCUCUUAAGGAACCAUUUCAGUUUUUAUCAUUAGUUUUGUCAGU